AUGGCGAUUAGGAAUGCAGUAAGAGAUGUAUUUCCCAAAGUCAGACAUAGAUUAUGCGCUUGGCACCUUAUUCGAAAUACAACUAGCAAUGUUAGAAAUCCAUCGUUUACAUCUAAAUUCAGAAAAAUCAUGUUGGGAGACUAUAAGAUUCCCGUGUUUAAGCAUAAGUGGGUCCAGCUUAUUGAAGAAUUUGGCCUUGAGGAUAAGCCGUGGGUGAACAUACUUGUAGAGCUGCUAGAGAGAUUUGCUGUUGAGUUAUACACUCAUGAGAUAUUUCUAUUGUUUCGGCCAUUUCUCAUUAGAGCUGGAUCAAUGCGGGUGCUAAACAUAGAGAAUAACGAUGAUUGCAUAAAGUACAUUGUGUGUAAGUAUGGGAGGCCCGAUUUUAUGUGGACCGUUGAAUUUCGUCAAGAAGAAAUGAUCUUCACGUGUACCUAUUUAAGAAUUGAGUCAUUUGGAAUUCCUUGCAAAUAUAUUGUGAAAAUUCUGGUUGACAGAGACAUUUGUGAGAUUCCCCGGUCAUUGGUAUUGGAUAGAUGGACAAAAAAGGUGAAAUCAACACUCAAUGAUGCAAGUGGAUUCACUAGGGAUGCUGUUGUUAUUAUUCGUCAAAGUGCCUUGAUAGAAUUUUCUAAACAAUUGGUUGUUGUUGCUGCUAAAGUCCCAGAGAGAUAUGAAGAGACACUUGACAUAAUUAUGAGAUUGUACUCAUCUUACAAGGCUACAUACGAAGGCACUAAUCAACCUCAGUCAGGUGUAGCUAAAAGUAGCAAUCCGUAUGUGCAUCAAACCAAUAUAGGCUCAGGACAACCAUCUAAGAAGAAGCGGCAACGUUGUAGUGUUUGUCAAAUUGAAGGACAUAAGAAGGCAACAUGUCCGUGGCAAAAGGACAUUGACAACAACGUUAUAGAAUAUGAAGCUAAUGGUCCGGAUGAUGGCGACAUGUAUACCGAACCAACGGCUGAUUUAGAUAGUGAUAAUUAG